UGUCGCCGAUUCACCCAGAGAACCAAGCUCCCGGUGGUUUUCUCCGGUGUCUUUUUCGCCGCGGUGCUCCGGUCAACCCCACUGAACCCGACGUUGAGGCUCCUCUCAACCCCACCGUACCGGACACUGCACGCGACGACGACGUUGAGGAACCUCCAGAAUUUCCCGAUGUAAAAGAAAAGUUACUUCCCUUUCUCAGAAAAGCAAGUUUUUCAUCGACGGAGGUUCCAAAAGCAAGGAGGAUCCCGUUCUUCUCCCCGAUUCCAUUGCCGUGAUCUUCUCCGCCAUCAAGGCGACGUUCCCGGACUACUUCCUCUCUUGCUGCUUGGUGUAUUGCGGUUGUUUCUUAGGAGCGAGCUGGUUCCAUAACCCAGUUAUUCAAAAAUGGGUCGAGGGUGUAGGAGUGGCGAUUGGGAUUGUGGCUAUUGGGGAGGCGGUGAUCUUCGUGGGCUCCGGAGCAACCGAGUGGGUUGCCGGAGCCUUGAUCGUGUUCUUCUUGGUUCUUAUAUCACUCAAGGUCUGUGCAGAUGGGGACAGAGCAAUUAAGUACAUAACGGCUGGUGAAGAAAAUAUUGAGAUUCCAUGGGUUAAUGAGAUCAACGAGGAGGCUCCUUCUCGGUCUCAAGAUCUGAUGAUGAUCGAUGUUGCUUCUCUUGCACUGAGGAUGGCUUGGAUUCUUGCAGUUGCAACUGCGUACACUAUAGAUGGCUUACUCAGAAACGAUUUCUUGGAAGCUCGGAUAUCUGAGGCUCGUGAUCCGCAGAAACAGGUGCGAGAAUUAUGUGUGGAGUGCCCUUUGAAUAAGGCUAAAAAAGGAGAGAGAUUGGAAUCAUGUAAAGGGCACAUAAAGAGGAGAGGCAUCAAAGAAUGCUGGACCAAAUGUGGCUGCGGUAAGAGUAAAUGCGGUAACCGAGUGGUCCAAGGAGGGAUUCACAAGAGAUUAGAGGUGUUCUUCACACCGAAUGGGAAAGGUUGGGGCCUAAGGACUUUGGAGAGAUUGCCUCAAGGGUCAUUUGUCUGUGAGUACAUUGGAGAGAUACUCACGAUUCCAGAAUUAUAUCAGCGUAGCUUGGAUAAUGAACUUACUUAUCAUGUGAUAUUGGAUGCACAUUGGGUUUCUAAUGGACGUUUAGAUGAUAAAAAACAUCUGUGUCUUGAUGGGAAGCGUUAUGGUAAUAUCUCAAGGUUCCUUAACCACAGAUGCCGAGAUGCAAACUUGAUCGAGAUUCCAGUUCAUUUCGAGACUCCAGAUCGACACUACUAUCAUCUCGCGUUCUUCACAACAAGAGACAUCAAGGCAAUGGAGGAACUCACAUGGGACUAUGGCAUUGACUUCAACGAUGAUGACUCUCUGAUGAAGCCAUUUGAUUGUCUGUGUGGUAGCAGUUUCUGCAGGAAAUUAUGAAAUGGUGAAAGAGCUGAUUGUAAAGAAGAGAAGACAUGUUGAUGUAAUAAGAAUAAGAGGUAGCACUUGUUAGAAACUCAAACGUUAUGAAUUAGCUAUCAAUCAAUGUAAAUGGAACCCAAAACUUUACUAACAUAGUAGGAUGAUGUCUUUACUGUUUUGUUUUGGAUAGAGUUUCAAUUUCAGGUACAAAUUUGAUUCCCUGUGGUGUUCUUUU